AUGGCUCACAUGAACCCAAAACCCAGCAUCCCAGAAGGAUACACGAUUCCCCAAGUGUGGAAGUACAAUGAAGAAACCAUGAAGCCUGUCCACGGGAGCAACAUUCCCAAGAGUGGGCCUCAAUCCGAUAAAGAACUCCCUCGUGGCUCCCACGACAUUCAGCUCUACGGCUUGGGUACAGGGAAUGGUGUCAAGGCAUCUAUCAUGCUGGAGGAGUUGGUGGAAAUGGACGAAACCUUUGACUACGACGCUUACACUAUCAAUAUCAUGAAAGGUGACCAGUUCACAUCUGGAUUUGUGGCUGUGAAUCCAAACUCAAAGAUCCCUGCAAUCUUUGACCAGUCCACGGGUGCCCGUGUCUUUGAAUCCGGGGCCAUUCUGGUCUACCUGGCGGAGAAGUAUGGCAAGCUCAUGCCAACAGAUCUCGCCAAGAAGGCUGAAUGUUUGAGUUGGGUGUUCUUUCAGGUUGGUGCUGGGCCGUACUACGGUGGUGGCGGUCUGAGCCAUUUCAAAGGGCGAGCUCCCAAGAAUUGGGAGUACGCCAUCGACCGUUACACCAUUGAGACCAAGCGCAUUCUAGACGUUCUCGACAAGGCUCUUGAGGGGAAACAGUACUUGUGCGGCGAUGAAUAUACAAUUGCCGACAUUAUGCAUUGGAAGUGGACCUCUGGUUUGAUCAGUCAGGAAUACCUCGACGGAGCCUCUUAUUCCAAUCUUCAACGCUGGUCCAAGACCGUUGCCGAAAGACCCGCUGUAAAGCGUGGUGAGCGCGUUUUGGGUUGGGGAAGUGAUGCCAUCCCCGAGCGCCAUUCCCGCGCCGACACUAACUAG